CGCCGCGGCCCGGCUGUGCCAGACGGUGGACGCCGUGCCCGCAGCUGCAACCGGGUCGCGGGCGUUGCGGCGGAGGGGAGCGGCCCUCCCUCCCGAGCGUGGCGGCCGCGGAGCCUCGCAGCCCCAGGUCCCCGCUCCCGGGGCCGGCGGAGGGCCGGGCCGAGCGGCACGAGGCGGGGGGCCCGCGGCCGUGGCCGGGGGCCGCCGGGCGGGAGGCUGGGGGGCCGGGGCCGGGGCCGCGCCUCGGAGCGGGUGGGAGGCCGAGGCCGGGGCCGGGGGGCUCGGGGGCCCCGGCAGAGCCCCGGCGGGGCCAUGGCCGCCGGGAGCAUCACCACGAUGCCCGCCCUGCCGGACGCCGGCGGCAGCGGCGCCUUCCCGCCCGGCCACUUCAAGGACCCCAAGCGGCUCUACUGCAAGAACGGGGGCUUCUUCCUGCGCAUCCACCCCGACGGCCGCGUGGACGGGGUGCGCGAGAAGAGCGACCCGCACAUCAAACUACAACUUCAAGCAGAAGAGAGAGGGGUCGUGUCUAUCAAAGGAGUGUGCGCCAACCGCUAUCUUGCUAUGAAGGAGGACGGCCGGUUACUGGCUUCUAAAUGUGUUACGGAUGAGUGUUUCUUUUUCGAACGGUUGGAAUCCAAUAACUACAACACUUACCGGUCAAGGAAGUACUCCAGUUGGUAUGUGGCAUUGAAGCGGACUGGGCAGUAUAAACUUGGAUCCAAAACAGGACCUGGCCAGAAAGCCAUCCUUUUUCUUCCAAUGUCUGCUAAGAGCUGAUCUUAAGGGCACCAUCUGAUCUCGUUUCACAUGAAGGGAAGAGGUUUAUUUUAGAACUUGUUAAUGAGAGGAAAAGAAAUUGUGUGCAGCCAUCUGCUCAGUUUGGAUAACUGGUCAGAUAACCUUUGAUCUAAUAUUAAAAUAUUUAACCAUUGCCUUAGUAAAGAAAAACAAGAAUUCCUGGAAAUGUAUAAAUUUCCACCUUUUAUAUAGCAUUUGCCUUUAUCCAGUGACGCUUAUUUAGAGCUACAAUCUUUCCAUACAUUCACCCCAUUCGAAAAGAGGCUUUAAAAAUGUGUGCAUUUGCAAAUUUCUUCACGGAAACCAUACACAUUAGAAAAUUAAAGCGAGAGAUUUAGUGAACACAAAAUGUGCACCAUUCUUAGAACAUGGCACUCAUUGAUCUACAUGUACAAUUUACUAAAGAUUUUUAUACGUGUAAAUACGAUUUAAUCCACUCCCGUCAUCGUUUUGUAACUGUCUGGCAGUUCCCUGUGAUAGAGUUUGUAGAACAAGCCCGUGUACACAGCUGGGAACUGCUCCAUGGUCAGGUCAAUCUUCUCGAAGCCUUCCCGGUGCCCGUACAGCAGCAGCUGCGCGGCCCUGCUGGUGACGGGCGUGGUGUUGGCGGCCGUGGCCAGCUGGGCGAGGUCCAUCCACUCGCACCGCAGGCACUCGUGCGGGCACAGCGCGAUGGAGAAGGACCGGGGCUUCAGACGGCAGAUGAUGUACAUGUCCGACUUCCCGAAAGCCCCGGGGUGGCUGUGCUGCUGCCGGAUGCUCAGGAGGGACAUAAAUUCUGAUUGUAUGCCAGUUUCUUCAAAAACUUCUCGAACUGCUGUGUCUCCUGUGUGAACAAAAGAUGUACAAAUCAGUGACUAUCACAUUUUCAGAAGGAGUAACUUUAUCUAAAGGAUUUUCAGUUGGAGUAACUUUAUCUAAAGGUUCAGAAGCAAAACUUCAAGGAAAUGAAGUUUUCAAUAUAAACUCUGACACCCUGGAAUACCAAAGUAUUUUCUUACCGCUGUACACCUGAGAAGCUUUCAAAAAUAGUGAAUAUUUCUUUGGCUGCUACUGUGGGGGUCUAUUCAUCUGAUGUUUUUGGGGUUACAUAUUUUUUAACCUCUUCCUGCUCUAUUUCUCAAAAGAUGAAAACAUAGGUUGCUAAGCUGCGGUUGCUGUUCCCACGUUUCUUGUUACCUGUUCCUGAUCAUUUACCGAUGUUGGUGUGGUGGGGCUGCGGGGUGUGGAGACUGGGAAGGAACUGGGACCUCUCCUGGUGAUCUGGGGCAGGUAUGGAAGAUGGACAGGCCUCCGAAUCUCAGAGAAGAUGCCUUUGCAGUCUUUUUGUUGUUCUCGCUAAUUAUCCAGUCCGGAGAAUCCCAAUUGGGAUUUGGGGCAGUUCCUUUGUUUCCUGAGAUUCCAAAGAAUUUAGACUCUUUCCUCCAACACCUAGAUCUGCAGCCACUCCCUCAGAGGUCUUAAAUAACUCGCAGUACACAGAACUUUAUAAUAAAACAGGGCUUUCACAUUUCAGAAGGGUGACUUUCUGAUACCAUACACAUUUAUGGGGCAGGAUCUUCACUGCCAUUAACAUACGCUGGUGGCUGCUUUUUCUAACUACCCACAUGAUCCCCUCACGGCUUCCUCUAACUCUGUGAUGCUGUCAUUAUCUCCCAAAGGGGCACUAGAAGCUCUGAGGACAGCUGCCUUCCUCACCCAGUUUGCUGGGAAAUAGAGUUGCAUAGAUUUUUGUUCAAAUGCUCUUUAGUACCCGCCUUUUCUUAUUUGUCAAACAGUGAAUUAUAUUUGCCUUGUUAGUAGUCUUGCUAGUCUUACUGGUGAAGAGCAGGCAAGGAAGAGGAAGGCAAGGAGACAGCCUCCAGUUCUAUGUGCUCUGCAGUGGACCGUCUUCCCAAUUCCCUGGGCAGCCGCGGACGCUCCCUGAGAAACGGCUCUGCAGGUGUGUGCAGGAGGAGCAAGGUGCUCUGAAAUGUAAGCCAUCUGCCAUCUUUUAAUUACAUGCCAACUCCCCUUAGAACUGAGAUUUGCCACAGGUUGCACAGGGUUAGAAAUUAUAUUUUUAAAUUAAAAACAUAAAAGAAUUUAUGCUAAAAAGGGGAAAAAUUCCUUCUAAGAAAAAUAAUCUUCAGUCUGGCAUAGAAUCCAUACUUGUUAUUGAAUCUAUUAAAGACUGUGGCAGUGUCUCACUUAACUAUAGUCUUUAAUCUAUUAAAGACUGAGGCUGGUCUCACUUAACUAUUGGUUAAGUGUUCUUUAAACACUUUGAAAACUAACCAUGGGGGUCCUGUCUAGUGCUCAGCAUCACUAGUAAAGACCUGGGCCUUUAGUUCCCAUCUAGCCUGUUUCCGUGUCACGGAUCACAGAGAGGGACAGUUGGGGAGUCAGCCCUGUUCAGCAGUCACUGGGGCAGUGGACCCCAACGCAGCACUGCCUGGAUAGUCUGAUCAGUUUAAGUUGAGUCAGUAGGCAGUGGCUAGAUGAAAACUGAAUGGCAAGUAAGUGCUUUUGUGUCCAGGGUAUGAGAGAGCCCUUCUGCCCCGAAAGGGAAAUCUCUUCUCCAAAGAUUUUGCCAUGAAUCUGAAUUUUUUAUUUGGAUAAAGUGCUUUUCUCUGUUGUACCUUUGUUAUUUUAAUGUACUGUAAGCUAAACUGAAAUACCAUUUUCUGUGUUUUAAAUCUGAAGAACAUAGGAAAAACCCAGAGGUUUGUUUCUAUUUUUGCUGAUUGAGAGAGAUGUUUAAAGACGUCACAGCAUUUUGUUUAUAGAACAAUAGUGAGAUGGAGUUUAUAUUUGUUAUUUCUAUUUUGUGAUAUUUAAUGAUAGGAUUAGAUUGAAAUAAAAUAAAAUCAUAGAAAAAAUUGUGCAGAAUGUGGGCUUUCCUGGUGUUUCACUCUGACUCUGGGGCACCGAUGAACUUGGACCAGUGGCUGAUACAGUCCUCAGGCUAUGCAGGGGGUUGUCCCUGACAGGGGUAAUAGUUUUUUUUUUUUGGAAGGCAACUCCUCCAUUUUUAAUCUUUGUACUCCUAGGGUAGUAUAUUAAAGCCUGAGGAUUGCAUUCCAUUUUGUAUAUGCUCUUCUUAAUUCUUUUUAGACACUACAGACAAUAGUGCUUCAUUUACCUAGUAUCAGAGAAUGAAGGAUUGCAAACAGGUGUGUUUCCCAGUUAACCAGUGUUUACUACUUAUGAGCCAGUAUGAAUGCUUGUUCAUUGGUGAUGGCAGUAUUCCUAAAAUAGAUUAUAUUCCUAAGUAUAGAUUUUAGAAAAAGCAAAUAAUUCUUGGAUGAUUUGGCUUCAUCAUUAAAAAUAUUUAUUAUUGUAUUACAGAACAGAAUGCCCUUGGAUAGUCAUAGUCGUUCAGGACUCUACUGUCAGUUACCAUUUCCAGCUGCUUUCAGGGUUUUAUCAAUCUAAGGCAAAGCUUUAAUUUAUACGGCAUGGUGAAUGCCAACUGCUGCUUUUUUCUUCAUUCCACAUGACUGAGAUGUAUCUAUGAUCUCUGGGUAGGUGGGUUGUUGUGUCAACCACAAAUACUUAAAAAGUAGUGAAUUCUUCACAACUUGGAUUUGAAGGGUUCUGGAGUACACUUAAACAGAACUAUUUGUCUUGGAAAUGUGUUUCUUCAUGUACAUUUAAAUGUAAGUCUAUCUGAAAUUCUGAAGAUCCAUAAAAUUGACCUCCAGUUCAUUGGUGAGGAAGCUACACAAACCUCCUGCAGAUGGAUUCCUACCUGGUAUGGGCUGGGUGAGGAUGUAACAUAAGCUUAACUAAUCCACAAGCUCUUAUACAUCACAUAAGGAAAGCGGAAGAUAAUUAGGUGUUGAGGAUAAGUGGCUUUCCCUCCCAGCACUCACACCGCUACCAAAUUCUCUUUUAUUAAAACAGAAGACCCAACAGAAUCUGGGUCAUUAAGUACCUAAAAUACUAUGAAUUCAUUUGAAUACAGUAAAUAUACUUACUGGUUGUUAAGAGUUGGCUAUAUACUAUGCAUAGGGCAUUUUAAUCUGUGUAACAUUUUUAGAAAUUAAGUUUCAGGAAUAUAUACAUUUUUAUAUAAAAUAUCCAAGGAUAAUUUAGAAAAUUGUGUUCACAUAAAUGUUGGCUAAAGAGAACAGGGACAUGCAAUAUUGAGGGAAAAGUUGUAGAGUAAUAAUAAUACUGGUAUCCAAGUGAGUUAUCUAUUGAUUUAUUAUGACAGGGGCUAUAUCUGACCAGUGGGAUAAGGAAUAGGUAGGAAAACUCAGUUUCUCGUCUUUCAUCUAUUUCCUAUAAAAUCAGUGACACUGAGAAUUCUUAGCUUUUUUCACAUUGCCCUGUUUUCCAUAUUGAGCUCUGGAACUUGUUCUAAGGAGUUAUGUGUUUCAUGUGAGAUCUUCUCAUAUGAGAUAUUUCACUAUGCUUUGCUUCUGACUAGUCAGAAUAAUUAGUAGAUAAUUUUUUCAAAAAUAGAAGAAUUAAUCACCAUGGCUCUAUAACUGACUUUAUAAAUAAUACUUGUUUCAAAGUUCAUGUAAAAGUUACUAUUCAACUUUGUGUGAUGACACAGUGAAGAAUUUGUGUUUUCUCAUGGUUUAAUUCCAACAAUUUUAGUCAUAUCCCAAAUAGCCCUCAAUGCUAAACUUUACUGAUGCAUAUGCACAGCUUCUCACUUUCAAACAAGUCACUCUAGAAGCAGCCCUAAAGGGAAAAGCAGGUGUAUCCUCCUGCUUUAAUGGAGCAAGUUCUAAUGUUACAUGUUUUGCUGCUAAUUUUAUAUCAGCCCUGAAAUUUUAUAUCAGCCCUCUCUGAAAUUUUCUUAGUCUAAACUAGUUAGAAAAUUUAAAAUCUUAUUCUUAACUAUAUAGUAAAAAAAAAAAAAUUUUUUUUUAAACAUGAAUUUCCUUAACAUUUCCAGGCCGAUUGAAAAGAUGUAAGAUACACACCGAUAUCUUCCCCAGGCUCCGAAAGGCCUCCCGGGAACUUCCACAUGUUUUUCAACUGCAGCAUAAAGUCAGAAAAUAAAGUCAGCACAGCUUCUACUCACUCACACACAUACAUGGUGACCCACAAUCGUCACUCAUAUUGGUCAAGGUGGUUGAGGAUUUAUUUUUUAGUAAUUGCAUGUAAAUUUUUUCCAGUUUCCUUCCUCAUUACUCUUUUCCUUCUUUUGGGGGGAACUGGUAACUUAUGAAUUCUUUUCCCACUGUUUUUUUUUUUUUUGGGGGGGGGGGUAGAAGUGGUUUUGUUUGGUUAAUGUGAUAAAUUCUGAAUGAAUAAGACAGUGAAAGGAACACAUCUACUGAAUUAGUGUAAUUUUAAAAAAUUUGCUGCUAGUUAACUAUUAAUAGAGGAAUUUUACAGAUGCUGCUAUAAAUAAGUAGAAAAUACAGUAAAAAUGUAAUCACUGAAGUAUACUACUUUUAACUUCACAUUUAUUUUCUGUAUUGUGUGUCUAAUCAGAUAUAUUAGCCUUAUGGUUUUUCUUGCUCUAUGUGUUAAUGAUUUCAUUGGUAGUGUGAAUAAAACUGAUUAAGUUUG